AUGGCCAACGCCGCUAACGCCGCUGCUGGGGCGAGAGAGGGCGACGGAGUCGUCAUCCCCGACUCGAGCCAGCUAAUGCACUCGAAGAAGCUGCACUCACUUGCCGAUCAGCUGCAGGGCUCUCUGGUUGUCCUGCACCGCAAGAUGUCUGGUAUGGAGAAGCGAAUACAGGUAACCGGCGGUGCAGCCCUGCUGCCGUUUCAGCUACGCCGCGCCAAGAAAGAAAAAGAGGAGCUGGCACGCGAAAUUGCGGGAACGCAGCGAGCCAUCAAACGUCUGCUCCUCAUGUCCGAGCAAGUUGCGCAGAUCAUUGAGAUGAAGCGGGUGGUUUUCCGCGAUACGCAAGCGAGUUUGCUGAAGGAGAUUGAGGAUCUACAGAAUGAGAUCGACUCCAAGCAGGACACGAUCCGCCGCGGUUACACCCAACGCAUCAACAUGCUGCAGCGCUACUGGCCCUGGCGACAUCUGAGAGAGUUGGGCGACAUCACCGUGGGCAAAACCUUUGAGGAAGAGCUCCGUCGUGGUCCCCGCUUCCGCAACGUGGGCAUUCAGAACAACAUCAAGUCGGAUUACAUCCGACAGCAAAUUCACUGGCUGCAGCAACUUGGCUGCCAGGAGGGCCUCUUUCGAACUCACCUCCGUCACUUAGAUGUCAUGGUCGAGGAUUUGAACGACGUGACGGAGCUGCUCGAAACCGCGAUGACCUGCAGUGUGUGCGGCCUGAUCUACGAGGAGCCGGUGCUGUUCUGGCCGUGUGGGCAUUCCUUCUGCCUGCAGUGCUUCGCCUCGCUAGAGAUUGCGCCGAGCCUGUACCGCUGUCCCACAUGCGGGGCCGUCGGCAGCGAAGGCUAUGUGCACAAUUUGUUGUUGGCGGAGACGGUGUCGAAGUGGAUGUUCAAAGAUACCGGUUAUGGGGACCUGCAGGCCCCACUGAGUGCGAUUCGGGUGCACCUCUCUCGCUUUCGGCAGGACGAGAUACGGGACCGCAUCCUGGAGCUGCAAGAGGAACUGGGGCAAUCGCAGGAGGCCGAGUUGACGAAGAAGUCCAACGAGGACACGGUUACCAUUUCCUAUCGCCUGUACUAA